AUGGCAGUGUCCAACUCAGCAGUCAACUCAACUCUCAUCCAAGAUAAGCUGGGGGCACAACAUCUGGUAUUCUACACGUCAAAAGCACUCCUCGAUGAAAGAAACCCCGACGCUUCUCAGCGGCUCAUGAAAUGGGCUAUUGAACUCAGUCAGUACAACCUCUUCUAUCGGUCGAAGACUGCUAUAAAAGCCCAAGUUUUAGCUGAUUUUGUUAUAGAGUUUACUCCAACAGCUGAAGAAGAGAAGCUGGUCAUAAAAAACAAGGAAAAUUCGAAAGUAGACGAUACCUCAUUCGCAGAUCUAGACCUGCCCAAAGACAUGUGGCAAUUAUGCGCCAUCACACUAGGCCUUCCAACUUCAAACAAUGAAGUAGAAUAUGAGCCAUUGCUCGCCGAAUUGCGCCUAGCAAAAGAACUAUUGAUCAAGAAAUUGGCCAUCUACUCAAACUCCCAAUUGAUUACAAAUCAAGCUUCAGGAGAGUACAUGGCAAAACAUCCGAGAAUGGUUAAGUAUCUCGACAAUGUCCAAGAACUUUUGAAGGAAUUCCCCACUUUCACCAUCCAACAAAUUCCUCGGGCAAAGAACACUCAUGUAGAUGCACUGGCAAGCCUAGGAUUAGCGCUGGACACCCAGUUCAAAUGCUCCAUCCUGAUCAAACACCACUACCAGCCAAGCAUUGAAGAAAUAGAGCAAGUGGACUCAAUGCGAAUUGAUGAGGACCCUAGCGGGCAAGGCACCAUCAUUAACUACUUGGCAAAUGGAAAUCUGCCGAUGAAUAGGGUAAGGCAAAGCAUGGUAAGAGUUUGUUGGAAGAAGAAAUCAAAAUUCUUUGAUCUCGAGUAUUGGAAAUACCUUCAUGUGAGGCAUGUCCUAGAUGUUAUGCAUAUUGAGAAGAAUGUUUGCGAUAGUAUCAUUGGUACAUUGUUGGAGAUCCCUGGAAAAAAUAAAGAUGGGAUUGCUGCUCGGUUAGAUUUAUUGAACAUGGGGGUCAAAACUGAUUUGCAACCCGAGUAUGGACAAAGACGUACUCGCUUGCCUCCAGGGCCUUGGAAUUUGUCAAGAGCAGAGAAGAGAGCGGUUUGCAAUUCUUUCUAUGGUAUGAAGGUCCUUGAAGGUUAUUGUUCAAAUAUAAAAAAUCUUGUAUCUUUAAAAGAUUCAAGACUUCUUGGACUUAAAUCUCAUGAUUGUCAUACCUUGAUGCAACAAUUGCUCCCUGUGGCAAUUCGUUCUGUUUUGGAAGAAGCCUGCAAGAACCGUACUCUUCCAGAAUGUUGCAUUGCUGCGCGGUAUAUAGCUGAAGAAGCUGUAGAGUUUUGCACCGAGCAUUUAUCUGAAGUUAAUACAGUUGGAGUGCCUUCAAGCCAGAAGAUGGGAGUUUCGAAGCCAUUAUCAGGUUGCACAGUACGCUUAGUUGAUCGGGACUUGUUAAACCAGGAACAUUUAUAUGUCUUGGAGAAUACGGAGGAAGUCCUACCUUAUAUCGAGGAACAUAUGAUCCACAUCAAGACCACUUAUCCAAAAUUUAGAAAGAGAACAAAAUGGCUGCAAGAUAAGCACAAUAACACUUUCAUUCAAUGGCUCCACCUUAAGGUUCAAAGUGAACUUAAUGGGGAAGAGCAUAAUGGCGUAUCAGAAAAUUUGAGGUGGCUAGCAGCUGGUCCAAGCAUGGCAAUGCCAUCAUAUAGGAGCUAUCUUAUUAAUUGUGUUAAAUUUAACACUAAGGCACAAGAUGAUGUGCGAACUGUUCAACAUAGUGGAGUUUAUUUACUUGCACAUACUAUGCAAGUUGCUAGUGCCAAGGAUAAAAACCCUAUUGUCUCUAAUAUGGGUUUUUAUGGUGUUAUUCAAGAAAUUUGGGACCUUGACUACCAAAAGUUUAGAAUCUCAGUCUUGAGGUGUGAUUGGAUAGAUAACACUUCGGGCCUUGUAGUUGACGAACUUGGAUUUACCCUUGUAGAUCUGAGUAAAAUUGGACAUAGGAAUGACCAAUUUGUUAUGGCUUCUCAAGUCAAACAAGUAUUUUAUGUUGACGACCCAAUGCAUCGUGGUUGGUCGGUAGUGUUAUCAAUGCCUAAUAGAGAAUAUAAUGAUGUUAUUGGUGAUGAUGUGCUAGGUGAUACUAGAAUUGAGUGUGAGCCAUUUCCUAGAGGGAUACCAAAUGUUGACUCAUUUGAUGACCUAGUGGGUGAGUUUGGGAAUGAAAAUAUUAGAGAUGGGUGUGAAGAUAUAUGGAUUGAUUGA